AUGCCCAGCACCCGUUUGCUGACCUCAGUGCGCCUCGAGAAUGUCUCGCCUCUGAAGGCGGUACUGGCCACCUGUGUCGCAUUCCCCUUGAUAUUCAUCAUCGGCUUCUACCUAUGGGUCACUCCGAGUACACUGAAGGAUUCGAGACGGAAACACCUUCCCCCCGGUCCUCGCGGUUUGCCCUUUCUGGGAAAUUUCUUUGAAAUGUCAAAGGCUGAAACGUUUCGAUUUCAGGCGCAGAAGUGGGCCAAAGAGUAUGGGGAGAUCUUCUACACUAAGAUGGGAGGAGCUGAUUACAUCUAUUUGUCAUCUCCUACGGCGGUGAAAGAAUUGAUGGACAAGAAGUCUGGCAUAUACUCAUCCCGACCACCAGCACCGCUUGCUAGCGACGUGGCUUCCGCAGGUCGACGACAAUUGUUUAUGCCAUACGGGCCCAAGUACCGCGUUGUACGGAAGAUCGCCCAUCAGCUCCUUAAUAUAACUGUUUCAACCAGCUAUCAACCUAUUCAAGACCUUGAAUCCAAGCAAUUGAUGUACGAUCUGCUCCACGACCCGGAACACUUUUAUGACCACAACCGACGCUAUUCAUCGAGUGUGAUCCUAACAGUGGCAUAUGGACAUCGGAUGGCCGAUUGGGACAACCCAUUGGUCAAGAAGAUCUACAGUGUGGUCAACAACCUACAACAAUUUUCCGCACCGGGUGCUUUCCUCGUGGACACGUGGCCUUCGCUGCGAUAUUUCCCCCAGUGGAUGUUUGGUAACUGGAGGAAGUUUGGCGAGAAAUGCUUUGCACAUGACUCCGUUGUCUACCUCAAUCUUUGGGGAGACUUAAAGAAAGAGGUCGACGAAGGCAAGGCUAACCCAUGCUUUGCGAAAGAUUUCUACCUCAGCAACCCGGAGAAACUUGGUUUAGAUCAGCUUCAAGCAGCAUAUCAAACCGGUGGCCUGGUCGAAGCUGGCUCUGAAACAACGUCUGCGUUCCUCAACUCUUGGAUUUUAGCAAUGACCCUGCAUCCUCAUAUAAUGAAAAAGGCUCAGGAAGAGGUCGAUCGAGUGGUUGGAGGAGACAGGCUGCCCACGUGGGAAGAUGAGGCAAAUCUACCUUAUCUCAGAGCCAUGAUUAAAGAAUUACUUCGUACUCGCCCGCCCAAUAAAUUCGGUAUCCAGCACUAUACGACUGAGGAUGACUGGUACAACGGCUAUUUCAUCCCCAAGGAGACAGUGGUUGUCUUGAACUGGUGGGCAAUAAACUAUGAUCCAGCUCACUGGGACAAGCCCGACGAGUUUAUGCCAGAACGCUUUCUCGGCUACGAUCUCCCAGCCGCUUCCUACAUCAACAUUGGAGACCCCAACCAGCGCGACCAUUUCUCGUACGGAGCAGGAAGGCGAGUCUGUCCCGGUGUGCAUGUGGCGGAGAAGUCGCUGUUCUUAAACAUUGCUCGUGUCCUGUGGGCCUUUAACAUCUCCAAGAAAAUCGCAAAAGAUGGAAGUGUGAUUGAGCCAAACACUGCAAUGGUUCCAGGCUGGAUGACAAUCCCCCAACCAUUUGAAUGUGAUAUUACGGUGAGGUCGGAGAAGAAAGCGGCAUUGAUCAAUAAGAUUUGGGCCGAGACCAAGAAGACCCUGGAUGAGAAAUAG